AGAGAGAGAGUUGGGGGGGUUGGGGAUUUCCAUGUUUAGACCUGGCCGGCUCCUCAUACAUAAACACUGCUGACUGGUCACAGGCAGUCAGUCCUACUGUAUACAGGCUCUGUAUACUCAGUCAUGGAGAGGAAUAUGUGCUCAGCUCAGACUUCUGUACAGUUGGCUCAAAAAACCAGUAAACCUGGGACAUCCAAUGGACUUGAUAAGCAGAAUCGUUUGGAACAGCUAGAGCCAGAGGAGUCACUGGACAGAGAGGACCCCCGAGAAUACUGCCAUGGGGGGUACCACCCUGUUCACAUUGGAGACACCUUCAACAGGAGAUACCAGGUUCUGUCUAAGUUGGGCUGGGGAUACUUCUCCACUGUAUGGCUCUGCUUGGACCUCAGGUUCAUUCACUAUGUUGCUGUAUUGGGCAGGCGAGUGGCCGUGAAGGUUUUGAAGAGUGGAGAAGGAUUCACACAGGCUGGGCAAGACGAAUUGACUCUGCUACGCUGUGCCAGUGGUCCCACUGCUCGUCACCUCCAAAGCCGGAGGAUAGUCCAACUGCUGGAUGAGUUUAAGAUAGCUGGGGUCAACGGGGUUCAUGUAUGCCUAGUGCUGGAGCUGCUAGGACCAGACCUCCGCUGUUGGCAAGUCUGUUUUGGAAACCCAGGGCUAUCGCUGUCUUGGGUCAAACAGGUCAUUGCUCAGGUUCUUCAGGCAUUGGACUACCUGCACACUCAAUGUAAAAUCAUCCACACAGACAUCAAGCCUGAGAAUAUACUGUUAUGUUUGGAGGAGCAGAACCCAAAACAGACAGCAGGGGGCAGUGCCUGUCCAUACCCUGGGAAAGAUGCCAAGUCAAGGAGCACAGCAGAGAAGGACCUGGUCACUCCCAUCAGUCUGAAGAAAAUCACAGUAAAGAUUGCUGACCUGGGAAGCUCCUGUUGGGUGUACAAACAUUUCUGUGAGGAGAUUCAGACCCGUCAGUACCGCUCACUAGAGGUUCUAUUGGGCUCUGACUACGGCCCACCAGCAGACAUCUGGAGUGUAGCCUGUAUGGCUUUUGAGUUGGUCACUGGGGAUUCAUUAUUUGAGCCCAAAGCUGGGAAGACCUUUUCUUUAGAGGAAGACCACAUCGCUCACAUAAUAGAGCUCCUUGGUAAAGUCCCUGCAGCAGUAGCCUUGUCUGGCAAGUAUUCCAUGGAGUACUUCAAUAGCAAAGUCUUGUCCCAUCACCGCAACUCUCCUAAGGACUCAGGAGAGAUGAAGGUCGAGAGAUAUGCGUCCUCUGAAACACAACCCUGCCAAGCCACACUGCUUCUUGCACUGCUGUCCAUACCCUGGGAAAGAUGCCAAGUCAAGGAGCACAGCCGCACCAAUGUGUCGGAGGAAACACCGUCCAGCCUGCAACCAAAGUCAGCUUGCAGGCGCCCGGCCCGACACCUUGAGUCGCUAUGGGUCACCUUGAGAGUGCAAUGGCUCAAGGAAAACCUGGCUGGCCAAACCCUCCCCUAACCCAGACGACACUGGGCCAAUUGUGUGCCGCCUCAUGGGUCUCCUGGUCACGGCCGGCUGUGACACAGCCGAUCGAACCAGGUUCUGUAGUGACGCCUCAAGCACUGCGAUGCAGUGCCUUAGACCGCUGCGCCACUCGGGAGGCCCCCUUGCAGAUGCUCAUUUUGACAAAUCAUAGUGUACUUUUUUGUGAAGUCAAACCUACAAAGAAUACAUUUUCUUUCCAAGUCACAAAGCUCUCUUGUACUUACCUCCACUGUCUUUCCUCCUCUCUAUUAUGUGUUCUUCCAGGUGACAUGCGUCAUAUCGGAGUGCUGCGGCCCUGGGGUCUAUAUGAGGUGUUGGUGGAGAAGUACCACUUCAUGCUGAAGGAGGCCUCUCUGU